UAGUUGUAUGUUGACCAUCCUGCGAGAUGAUAUGAGAAUUUCUUGAUGACUGUGUUAUUGUGGUUAUGAUCUGACAUGUGACAAGUUUAGGUUAAUGUGUUAUUUCAUAUUUUAUUUUAGCAAUAGACGAAAUAGAAAUCUGUCACCAUGGGGAAGCCAGUCAAAUAUGCCGAGCUUUCCAAACAGGAGCGCAUGGUCAGGACUGUGGCUGAAAUUAUCCAGGAGCUGCAACGUGCUCACCAAGAAUCACGUGAUGUUGACCUAAAUCGUUUGAAAACAAGAAUUGCAUCUAAGUAUGGUUUAGAAAGUAGCCCAAGGCUGGUUGAUAUCAUUGCAGCUGUACCUACAGAGAGCAAAAAAGCACUACUUCCGAAGCUACGUGCUAAACCUAUACGCACAGCUAGUGGAAUUGCAGUAGUUGCUGUAAUGUGCAAACCACAUAGAUGUCCGCACAUCAAUAUGACUGGAAACAUCUGUGUGUACUGUCCAGGAGGUCCAGAUUCUGACUUUGAAUACUCAACUCAAUCUUACACAGGAUACGAACCAACAUCCAUGCGGGCUAUUAGAGCACGCUACAACCCAUAUCUUCAAACAAGACACCGUGUUGAACAGCUAAAGCAGUUGGGCCACAGUGUUGACAAAGUAGAAUUCAUUGUAAUGGGUGGAACCUUUAUGUGUUUGUCCAAAGAAUACAGGGAUUAUUUCAUAAGAAAUUUGCAUGAUGCUCUUUCAGGGCAUACAAGUAAUAAUGUAGAUGAGGCAGUCAAGUACUCAGAGAAAAGUAGAGUGAAAUGCAUAGGAAUAACAAUUGAGACUAGACCCGAUUAUUGCCUGAAGCCUCAUCUCUCAGACAUGCUGCGGUAUGGAUGCACUCGUUUAGAAAUCGGUGUGCAAUCUGUUUAUGAGGAUGUUGCAAGAGAUACAAACCGAGGUCACACAGUUCGCGCUGUCACUGAAAGUUUUUCCUUAGCUAAAGAUGCUGGAUUUAAAGUGGUUGUUCACAUGAUGCCAGACCUUCCAAAUGUUGAUUUAGAAAGAGAUGUUGAGCAGUUUACUGAGUUCUUUGAAAAUCCAGCUUUUCGAGCUGAUGGUUUGAAAAUUUAUCCAACUCUUGUCAUUCGGGGAACUGGUCUCUAUGAGCUUUGGAAAACUGGACGAUACAAGAGCUAUCCUCCAGGAACUCUUGUUGACCUCAUCGCCCGGAUUUUAGCUUUAGUGCCACCAUGGACUCGUGUCUAUAGAGUUCAGAGGGAUAUCCCCAUGCCACUUGUCAGUUCGGGUGUGGAGCAUGGCAAUCUACGAGAACUAGCUUUGGCUCGCAUGAAGGAUCUUGGCACCGACUGCCGAGAUGUCCGUACGAGGGAGGUGGGCAUCCAAGAAAUCCAUCAUAAGAUUCGCCCUUACGAGGUGGAGCUGGUGCGGCGGGACUACGUGGCCAACGGGGGCUGGGAGACGUUCCUGGCGUACGAGGACCCUGGCCAGGACAUCCUGGUCGGGCUGCUGCGACUGCGGCGGUGCGCCGAGACCACCUACCGGCCCGAGCUCGUCGGCGGACGGUGCUCCAUCGUCCGGGAGCUCCACGUGUACGGCAGCGUGGUGCCCGUCAGCGCGCGGGACCCCACCCGCUUCCAGCACCAGGGCUUUGGAAUGCUGCUCAUGGAGGAGGCCGAGCGCAUCGCCAGGGAAGAACACGGCUCCACCAAGAUCGCCGUCAUUUCAGGUGUCGGUACGCGUAAUUACUACAGAAAAAUGGGAUAUGAACUGGAUGGCCCCUACAUGUCCAAGAUGCUGUGAUGCAGUACAGCGAGAAUAAGCUGGGACUACAAAUAACAGAAGUUUCUUUCAAGAUUUUCAGUCUGUUUUAAAUGAAAUAAAUACAAAAUAUACACUUGCUAUCUCGAACAA